GUUCUGUGCUUGACAAGGAAAUAAAAUCCCUGGGACCCACACUUGGAGCAAUUAAGUGAUAAAUAAAAUUGUUUCACAUAAUAAUAUUUUCCUGUUUUAUUGUGAUUAUCGGAGGAGAAUGUCACAGGAAAGAUGUAUUUUGACAACGUUAACAAUAGCGUUUUUGUUUUACUGUUCAGGUGAUGUUAGCUGUCGAAUUCUGAAUCCAGUCAUUUUAGUUCCCGGCGAUGGGGGUACACAGUUUGAAGCUAAGCUGGACAAAUCUUCUAGUCUACAUGGAUCGUGUGUCAAUAAAACUAAAGACUACGUCAGUCUCUGGUUAAACAUGAAGUAUUUUUUACCCUGGAAAAUUGACUGCUUUGUGGAGAACAUGAAGUUGGUUUAUAACCGCACGACCCGCACAACCAGUAACACACGAGGAGUGGACAUCAGAAUCAGCGACUUUGGGGGAACAUCAACCGUCGAGUGGUUAGACCCUUCACAAUUUUUUUUAACCUCCUAUUUUUAUCACAUCGUGAAAGCCAUGGUUUCCUGGGGAUACAAAAGAGGAGUGUCAGUUCGAGGGGUCCCUUUCGACUUCAGAAAAGCACCAAAUGAAUUUAAAGAGCUGUAUCAGAAGAUGAAGGCCCUGAUUGAGGAGACAUACAGUAUAAACAACAACACCCGUGUGAUCCUCCUGGGGCACAGCAUGGGGAACCCCACCUCCCUCUACUUCUACAACAUAAUGACCCAGGCCUGGAAAGACAAGUACAUCGAGGCCCAUGUCAGUCUGGCCGGGGUGUGGACAGGGGCCAUCAAACCACUCAAACUGUUUGCUUCAGGUGAUAGACUAGGUGUAGUCAUUGUAAAACCUAUCAAGGUUCGCGCAGAACAACGGGGCAUGCCCAGUAGUGCCUGGCUGAUGCCUUCAGACAAAGCCUAAGCGGUCAAACAGCGAGAUUUUAUGCAGCCAG